AUGUGCUGCCAACGGGACCCACUGCAGGAAGUGGUGAGACCCACACCGGAAGGACAGACUGGCCCUCGGACCCAUCGGGCCCCAGCCCCUAGCGGGCCGAGAGCCGGGUACAACACGCACGAUCCGGGUGACGAGGGCCCAGUCAGGAAGUCCUACGGAGGCCUGGGCAGGAGCCAGGCCUGCACCCCCAAGGGCAACCCUGGGCUCCCACUGGCGCUGCUGGUCCGGGGUGCCUGGCGCAGGGCACACCUGGGGACUCGGGGACAGUCCGCUCUGCAUUUCGGCUUCAGCCCUGAGCAGAGGGAGGUUACACCGCCUACCAGGGAGACUGAAAACCAGCCACGGGGUGAGAACACCCCGGCAUCUCCUGUCUCCGCGGAAAAGGCCCCGGCGGCGGUGCUGCCCUGGCUCCUGGCACGGAGGCUGGAGCCUGGUGCCUCGGCCACUCCGCUCUGUGACCCUGCACAUGCGGCUCAGCCUCUCUGGGCCUCGGCUGCCGCCCCCGUGCAACAGGGACCAGCAGGUCCCCCUCCCCCGUCCAGCCAGCCACUCGUGCACUCAUCCACUCGAGCAGCUGCUGGGACCUCUUGCCCUGAUCCGGGGGGCUUGGGGUCCUGCCGCAGGACCUCAGAGGGCAGCGGGGGAAGCUGCAGCCCCUUCCCGUCCAGAGCUGAGGGCCUCGGGCAGCCCCUACGCCAGCUGUUCUCAGGACCCGGGCGGCUCCCUGGGGGAGAAGGGGCAAUUCCCGCAGCCAGCCUGACUGUGGACUCUGAUGGCUCCGGAGGCCGAAAGCGCUCUGCUCGCCGGCUCCCUGCCACCCCUCGCCCUCCGCUCUCCGCCCCGGACCCUCCCGAGGGCGCCCUCACUUCUCCCCUCACCCCGCGCGCCUCUCUCUCCUCUCCGGCUGCUUUCCCUCCACUGUCGGGGCUGAGCUGCUGCCUCCUGGCCACACACAGGGCGCAGCAGGAACGUAAUCUUGACCCCCACACCACCAAGAGACGAGAGGCCGUCCUCUCUGGGCAGGAGGGCAGGCUGCCAGGGUCGGGAUCGGCCUCACCACCCACCAGCCUAGGGCAGGUGCUUCACCCCGUGCCUCCUCUUCGUGGGCUUGGCGUCAAGAUCAAACGAGAUGACGCGCUCCACAAGGAGCCAGGCGCCCAGUACCGCCUAGCCCCAAGCGUGGCCGAAAGAAAGAAGCUGACACAGGCGGCAGCAUCAUGGGAAAGGGCCAGGCUCGGGAUUCACACAGACCCAUGCUCCGGUGCUGCUGUGGCGCCUGGGGCUCAGUCCCCCCCAGAGUGGCGUGACCACCCCAUCCCAGGGCCUCCGAGGGCUCAGGACAGGACCUUGUUCAUCUCCCUGUCCUUGGUGUCAAGCAUUGGUAACGGCUCUGAAACAGCCUCUGUCCACACUCGCUGUGGCUCACUUUUCCGACUGAUCACGCCACCCCAAGCUUGCCCGACCCCGCGGGACCGAGGAGCACUCAUUUCCACGAACUGGGGUGUUCCCCUUUAUGGCCGAGGCUGGGAGCUGGGGUUCAGGAGCGCGGUUCGGCGCCCGGGAGGCCUCGGGACAGCCAUCGGGCCCGGCCACCGUCCUUGCCCUGCCCCGCGGGCCACGCGGUGCCUGACCUUGGCCCAUCACUUCCCCUCUGGCGCACGCGCUUCCUGCCCGCCGCCCGCGCAGGGGCGAAUGAAUGAGCCUCCCGCCGGCCGGAAUGCCCGUAAUUAUCGGCCGGAUCAAAGGCCGCACGCAGCCCGCCCGGGGCGACAACGGGACCGGGUUCCUUUGAAAGGGGACAGGAAUGGGGGCAGGCCGGGGGCCACGAACGGGCCCCCCGGGGCCGCCGUUUCCGGUCAGGCAGGCUGGGCCCGCGCGGCCUCCUCCCCCACCGGGGCCUCAACUUCCCCCGGGAGUCACCACCGCUUCCGGCCACGACCGGCCGGGAAGGCUAGGGAGGACGCGUUCGCCCGACGCUCCGGCCCGGCGCGCGCUCCCGCCUCGGGCGCGCUCCCGGGAGCGGCGCACGCGCACUCCCCAGGCGCGUUCCCCGCAGCCCCUCCCGGUGCCCCCGCUCCGCCCCGCGUCACCGGCCGCGCGCCCACUCACGCCCCCCCAGCGGCGCGCACGCGCACUCGCCCGCCCAGUCGCGCUCGCCUCCCGCCUCCCCGCCCGCCCCCCCGGCCGCAGCCCGGCGCCCUGAGGCGCGCGCCCACCCGGCCUCAGGCGCAUGCCCCCCGCCCCCGCGCCCUCCCCUCACCUCCUCGGUCCCGGUGCCGCCGCGCCGCACUCCUCCUCCUCUCUCCUCCCUCGCGGAUGGUGGCAGCGGCGGCAGCGGCGACUCAGACCCCGGGGUCAGGGGGACGGGCGCCCAGGCCGGAAGAAGGCGAGCCCGGCGACCCCCUAGCUGCCGCCCCCCCCCAGCUCUAUGGUGCGGAGCGGGCGCCCCAGGGAGCCACUUCCGGAUGCGUCUAG